CAAAUCAAGUCAACUGCAUAGUUUCUCUACUAUCAUAUCAGCACAGCUGCAAGUAUCCACUUUUUGCAGUAACAACCCGCAUGCCCAGGAUCGAACCGGACUUGCCGCCUCUUCCUGAAGGUUUGACAUUGCUGCUCGGGCUCUCUAUUGCACUGAGUCCUCCUCUGGUAUUGUGCCUCGAGUGCUUCGCCUCUUUCCACACGUUUCGCAGUACCAAUUCUCGCGCAUAACAUCCCAGACUCACUGCACAAGCCUUCAAAAUAUGCGCAUUUUACGAGUUUUUCUACUGUUUUGCGCUCUACACGACGCGGCAGCGGUACCUAUGCAGGUGGUGGAGGAUUUCGAGUUGCGUUUACACCACGCACAGACGCGUACACGCCGGCGUGCGCUGCUGGGGCCUACAAGAGACUCCGAAGCGACGAGGGCAGAAGCUCUGGCUGACACUGAGCGAGUGGUGGACGAGGGCAAUGCAGAGCACGCAGCAGGCAAGAAGAGCUACUUCAUGGGCUACAACGGGCUCAGCGACUUGACGGACGAGCAGUAUCGCGCAUUUCUGACCUCCAGACCGGACAGAGAUUCGCCCAGGAGGAAGCAGAGGAAGAAACAACCGACAAUGAAUAGACGCAAGAGAGGGAAGCAGGUUACGAUCAGCUUUGACUUAGACGACGGGUCGAGCGAAAGUGACGAUGAUGAAGAAGAUAUUGAGGUGCCGACGGAGCUGGACUGGACCACCAAGGAAGGUGGAAAGUAUAUGACACCAAUAAAAAACCAGGGAACGUGCGGAAGUUGUUGGGCCUUUGCAGGCGUAGCCGCAGUGGAGUCGAGAUAUGCCAUUGAGAACGACGUGCAGGCAUCACCGUUAAGUGUGGAACAGGUGCUGAGCUGCUCGGCGGAUUUGGACCAUAUCCGGAGUAAAUUUGAGGAUAACAUGACCAGCUCGUCUGAGGGGUGUGCCGGUGGAAUGCCAUUCCUCACAUACGCGUAUCUGCAGCUCGCACAGCCUCACGGUAUCUCGUGUGGGAGUGCGUAUCCAUACGUGAUGGCAACGAACGAGACUCACCCUCAAUGCUCUUCGUCGCUUACUGCUGAUGUGGCUGUGACAUGGAAGUCGAGUGUGUCGGACUACAAGGUGGUGGCUGCGAGUGAGAAGGCUCUGCUUAGAGCUGUGACCAGUGGACCUGUUACUGCCAACAUUGACGCUACCGGAGACGGCUUUCGUCAUUAUGCUGGCGGGAUUUACGAUGCUAAAGACUGUCUUAGUGACGGAGACGAGGUAAACCACGCUGUGGUAGUCGUGGGCUUCGGUGAGACGGAUGCUGGCGAGAAAUUCUGGAUCAUCCGAAAUACUUGGGGUACUAUGUGGGGCGAGGACGGCUACAUGCGCAUAGCUCGUGGCAGCGGCGUGGGUAACUACGGUCCGUGUAACCUGUACGUAUAUGCUGACUACCCCGUGAACCUCACCGCCGGCUCCAAUGUCACCAGCGGUGAACCUUCAUGUCCUGUACCCGUGUUGAAGUUCGAGUCGCUUUCGCUUAUGAAGCUGAUAGGACUAUCAGGCAACCAAAUCGCGAUGCUGGUGCUUUGCAUUGUUCUUACUGUAAUAGCAGGGGUGGCGCUGUAUCAUGGUACAGAGUUUAUCCAGAAUCGCAAGGAGGCAGCAGGACAACUACGUUACCAAGACAGCUACGGGCGAUGGAUAUUACCUUCCCGUGACCAGAUUGCUGCUGCACUUGCUCAACGCAAUAGCCAGCGUCCUACAACUGGACAAUAGAGAGACAACAAAUAAGUUUCCUUGCUUACAUUAAAAUAUAAUCGAUUGCCAACACAAGA